ACGGCUUGUUUCGGCCGGGGUCGCUUCAGUGUGGGACCGAUGGGAAACGGUCGGUCACUAAUGUCUGCAACACCCGGUGUUUGAGUUGUGGGAUGGAGUUUCGUUGACAGACAGUGUCGCUACGUGAAUUUUGUAUUUACUGUGUCUGUGUACUAACGCAGUGAUAUCUAUCGGGAGCACUCGCCCGAGCAACAUGGCAGAUAAUAUUAUCAUCAGGGUACAAUCCCCAGAUGGGAUGAAGAAAAUUCCCUCUACCAAGAGGGAGACCGCUGCUGCUUUUUUAAAGAAGGUAGCCAAAGAGUUCGGGUUCAAUUCCAAUGGGUUUUCUGUUUACCUGAACCGCAACAAGACCGGAGAGAUCCUUUCCCAGAACAAAACAAUGAGCCUGCUUAAGAUCAAGCAUGGCGACAUGCUGUAUCUGUUCCCUUCAGGAUCUCCUUCCACCUCUGGGGAGGUGAUGGACACGGCCACCCCGCACUCAUCUUCAUCACUACCAUCCAUCUCAUCUUCUUCAUCUUCUUCUUCUUCUUCUUCAUCCUCUAUGAUCCCUCGGUCCCACUCAGCACCCCAGGUCCAGGAGGAUGAGAUUGAUCAGUAUCUGGCCAAGCAAGACGGCAAAAUCUACAGGAACAAAGACCCACAGCUAUGUCGCCAUAGUGCCCUUGGAAAAUGUGUGCACUGUGUACCAUUAGAGCCUUUUGACGAAGACUACCUGAAUCACCUCGACCCACCAGUGAAGCACAUGUCAUUCCACGCAUACAUUCGCAAGCUGACUGGUGGAGCUGAUAAAGGGAAGUUUGCAGCUUUGGAGAACAUCAGCUGUAAGAUCAAGUCGGGCUGCGAGGGCCACCCUCCCUGGCCGGAGGGCAUCUGCACCAAGUGUCAGCCCAGUGCCAUCACACUCAACAGACAGAAAUACAGACAUGUGGACAAUAUUAUGUUUGAGAACCACACGAUUGCUGACCGUUUCCUGGACUUCUGGAGGAAGACGGGCAGUCAGAGGAUGGGGUACUUGUACGGCAGGUACACUGAGCACAAAGACAUCCCUCUGGGCAUCAGAGCUGAGGUGGCUGCCAUCUACGAGCCGCCGCAGAAUGCCACUCAGAACAGCCUUGAACUGGUGGAUGAUCCUAAAGCUGCAGCUGUGGAUGAAAUCGCUGCUAAACUAGGCCUCUGCAAGGUGGGCUGGAUCUUCACCGACCUGCUCUCUGAAGACACGAGGAUAGGCACUGUCCGCUACACGAGAAACGGGGACUCUUACUUCCUGAGCGCAGAGGAGUGCAUCACAGCUGGAUACUUCCAGAAUCUUCAUUCAAACCCGUGCAGACUUUCUCGAGACGGCCAUUUUGGCUCAAAAUUUGUGACUGUGGUGGCAACAGGUGGUCCAGAUAACCAGGUGCACUUUGAAGGAUAUCAGGUGUCCAAUCAGUGCAUGGCUUUGGUGAGAGACGAGUGCUUACUGCCCAGUAAAGAUGCUCCUGAGCUCGGCUUCGCUAAAGAGUCCAGCCCUGAGCAGUACGUACCAGACGUCUUCUUCAAGGACAAAGACAAAUUUGGAAACGAUGUCACAUUUCUCGCCCGGCCUCUCCCUGUGGAGUACCUCAUCAUAGAUAUAACUACCACUUUUCCAAAGGACCCCCAGUACACCUUCUGCUCCACACAACGCUUCCCUAUUGAGAACCGUGAUAUCCUUGGAGAGAUACAAAAUUUCCACAGUUUAGCGACAUACCUGUCCCAGUGCACCUCCACGGCAUUCCUGGACAUCGUGUCGGACUUCCAUCUGCUUCUCUUCCUCGUUACCAAUGACGUCAUGCCUCUGAGUGACAGCAUUGGACUGCUACUAGAUGCAGUGAGGACUUCUAAUGAGGACCUGGCACAAACCUGGAAGAAGUCGGAGCAGUGGGCCACCAUUGAGCAGCUGUGCAGUACAGUUGGCGGGCAGCCCUCCAGCUCUCUGGGUUACGGGGCCAUGGGCGGCCCCUCAGCGCCAGCCUCCUCCUCAGCCAUGUGGUCCUGCCUCCACUGCACCUUCAUGAACCAGCCCGGCACAGAGCACUGUGAAAUGUGCAGCCUGCCCCGCAGUUAAAAACCCCCCAUCCUGCCCUCCUCCACCCUGCCUCCACGCCCCGCCCAGCCCUCCUCUUAACUCGCCAAUGACAUCACUGCACCAGGACCAGCUGCGAGAUUUGGAUUUGUUUGUUUUCUUUCGCCUCACUUUGAAGCCUUUCCAACUCACAGGCUGCUGUGACGACUCGUUUACAUCGAAUUCAAAGAGUCACUAAAAUAAAACCAGACUGUUUUUUUGUUUUGUAUCCCUCCUCACAGCGGCUCUCGUGAGCGGCGAGGCUCGUUAAGGUAAAGCACUUUUGGCUGAGGCCCCUUUUCCCUCCACCCACCUGAAUAAUCACCCCUCCUCAAAUAAAUCCUGCUGUGACUCAGGACGACAGCAAAGACUUGAGUGUUUGGAUGUUCUCUCACAUCAGUGCCCCUCUCACUCUCACAACGUCUUCUGGAAAAUCUUGCUGUGUAUAAAUACAUUUGAGGAAUGAUACUGUUAUUUAAUUAAGCUUCUUCUUUUGUUUUUUAUCUGAUUGUAGCGAUACCUUAAAAAAGUUUUGAAUCUCCAGCAUGGAUUCAACUCAGUCAGGUGUUUCUAGGUCUCUUUGACAAGUCCCUUCAAGUACAAUCAUCUGUCAAAGCUCAGACCAGGAAACUCUUAAGAGCUCCAGAGUGAUUUCACUUAAGUAGAGAGUUUAUAUUUUCAGUAUGAAAUUACUUUAAAAGAAGUCCCAGAUCUGAAACAAAAAGCUCUUGGCCCUUUACACACCCUCCACUGAUUGCAGAAGUAACGUUUCUUAAGUGAAGUCCCAUCAACUUAAAGUGGUUCCUACAGAUUUUCACUGGUUUGUUGGAGUUGUAGCUUUUGGAUUUGGCGGCUUGAACUCGAGCAGGCAUAAUAUGUAGCUUAUUUAUCAGCUGUAUGUUCUGUUUCUGAUAAAAUGGCCCAGGACACCAUC